AGGGACAAAUUAGUUCAAUCGAUCUGUUCAAUACACAGAUCUCGUCGAAUUGAAGAAUUCGAUCUGUACAUAUCGUAUUCCAGCAGAUCCAGCCAUGGAUUUCAUGAAGGUUUUUGAUCAAACUGUCCGUGAAAUAAAGAGGGAGGUGAAUCUGAAGGUGUUGAAGGUUCCAGAGAUGGAGCAAAAGGUUCUGGAUGCUACGGAUGAUGAACCUUGGGGUCCUCAUGGCACAGUGUUGGCGGAAAUUGCACAAGCAACAAAAAAAUUCACCGAAUGUCAGAUGGUAAUGAAUGUCCUAUGGACAAGAUUGACCGAGACCGGCAAGAAUUGGCGUUUGGUCUACAAGUCGUUGACCGUCAUAGAGUAUCUGGUGGGACAUGGAUCCGAGCGUGCUGUUGAUGACAUAAUAGAACAUACUUUUAAGAUAUCUUCUCUGGCCAGUUUUGAGUAUGUGGAGCCAAGUGGAAAGGAUGUCGGGAUCAACGUGAGAAAAAAAGCAGAAACUAUUGUGGCUCUUCUGAAUAAUAAGGACAAAAUGCAGGAAGUUAGGAAUAAAGCUGCUGCAAAUCGUGAUAAGUAUGUUGGACUUUCGUCAUCUGGAAUAACAUUCAAAUCGGGUGCAGCGUCAUUCAGCUCUAGCUCUAAUAGUGAUCGAUAUGGAGGUUUUGGUAACACAAAAGAUAAAGAAUCAUUUAAUGUUGGCUAUAAGGACGAAUAUGGUGAAGAUAAAUAUGAAACAAUCACUAAUUCGAAAAAAAAGUCAUCUCGUAAUGGCAGCACAGCUGAAGACUCUCGGGCCUCUGGUGCAUCAAAAACCAGCAAGCCAGAUGAAUAUGUUUCAGCUUCUUCACAAAAUACAUCUUCAAACACAUAUGAUGAAGAUUUUGAUGAUUUUGAUCCCCGAGGGACGGCAGGUGCUAAACCGUCUUCUGGAAGCCAACAAGUUGAUCUUUUCGGGCAAGAUCUUAUUGGUGACUUCUUGGAUGCCCCGGUAUCUGUUUCAACAGAUAAGCCUACUUCAUUAGACAAUGUUCCAUCGGAGGUUGAUUUAUUUGCUGAUGCUGCUUUUGUAUCAGCCACUCCUCAACCAGCUGCAGAGAAAAACCCUCAGUUUGAUGUUGAUCUAUUUGCCUCUCCACCAGCCCCUACUCCUGCUAUUUCUGCACCAAUGGAUUUUUUCGCUGCUCCUGCUCCAGCUUCCCAUAUUGACAGCAGAGUUUCAAAAUCUGAUGGAACGAGCAACAUUUCCGAUCCAUUCGCUAAUGUUCCAAUGAACAAUUUUGAUGGCUCUGACCCUUUCGGUGCAUUCUCCUCUCAUACAGAUCCUUCACCAGUUGUAUCUAACCAGAGUUCUUCUAGUCAAGGAAGCAAUGGAAACACGAAUGGAGCUUCUCCUGAAACCUAUGCUCCUCCACCCAAGAAAGAAUUUCAAGUCAAAUCCGGAAUAUGGGCAGAUUCGCUGAGCCGUGGAUUAAUUGACCUAAAUAUAACUGCACCUACAAAGGUUAACCUAGCAGGUGUCGGCAUCGUUGGUGGGUUGAGUGAUCCAUCACAAGAGAAAGACAUGGGAGGUUUGCCUUCAUUUUACAUGGGCAGACCAAUGGGUGGGGGACCUAUGCUCGGUAAAUCUGGGCCCACAUCGACAUCCACAAAUGAUGACUUCUUCUCAAGCCUAAGCAGCAGCCAACACAGCCAAUUCGGAAGUUUCCAGAAAUGAGUUAU